AUGGCAUUAAAUCAGACCGCACAGUUCGCUUCCGCAGUUUUUUUCUUCGGUGUUUUAUCUUUUGUUCUUGGAACAUUUGCAGAAUUGAAGAAGCCUGCAGCUGGAACGCCAAUACCAGGAAAAGAUGGUGUAAUUUGUAUAUUUCCAAAGGAUCCCAGUGUGGCUUUGGGGGCUUUAUCAGCUAUAUCAGUGUUAAUCUCUUCUGCUGUUGGUCUUUAUGCCAUUUAUUUCCCCUAUAAGGGACAAUCUGUCCCAAGGAAAGCUCUCCUUGCAAGCUUAACAAUGAAAAUCUUCUAUUAUGGUGCAAUAGUCCUAACCAUAACAGGAGUUGGAGCUACCCUCUUCAACACAAUCAAUGAAGGGCUUAUCCAUGCAAGAAAUGUGCAUGAAGAUCUGGAAUAUCGUUGCCCAACUGCAAAAACCGGCCUCUUCGGUGGCGCAUCAUUCUUAAACCUUGACGCUAGUCUCUUCUGGCUCGUAUGUCAGAUGCUUGUUAGAAAUGCUCGAGAGGAUUACUUCGAUUACGAGGAAGAAGGAGAAAUAAAGGAUGAUUACAUUCAGAUUAGUAACAAUUGA